CACGAAGAGGGCGCCAGUCACGAAGACGGCAAGACGCUAAGAGGUUGAGAAGGACGGGUUGGCUUGUUAAAGAGAUGGAAGAUAAAAUUAGAAGUUUUCGGACCAACCCGUCAACACCACGUACCUUCAUGCCACUAAGGAAACCAACAACAUUUCCAAAUUUAAAUCCAAGAAGGUCUAAGGAGGAAUGUAGAAAUAAUCCAUUUGAAAAUAUGAACUUCAGUUUUUGUUUGGCAUCAGAAGAAUAUUUGGCACAUGCUCGCUUAUCAUCUGGAGGAGCUGUAAACUCUGCAAACACCUGUUGCCUUAGCAAAAAUGAAAAGGCAGUAGAAGCUGAAUUAAAGAGGGAGGAAUUCUCUGACUUUAGAACUGGCAAAUGUACACAGAGCUUGUCAUUCACUGAAAAUAUUUCUCUUGAAUCAAAUUUUGAAUUUGAUAAUAAAGAAAACCAUAAGAAUUCUUCAGAAGAUUUAUCCUUAUUUAGCCAUAUGAUGCAGCUUAAUGGUAGCCCUUCUCCAGCAGUAAGCAUUUGCAGUUGCUGUGGGCUUACAGGAAUGUUAAGGUGUUCUGGAUGCAAACAGGUGAAUUAUUGUUCUGUGAGUUGCCAGAGAAAAGAAUGGGGAAUCCAUAAACUUGUAUGUAAGGAGAAUUCCCAGAAAAUAAUGCAGAGUGAGAAAAUGCAAGAUACACUGAGAAGGUCUGAAGAAAACAUAAAGGCACCAGAACUUAAGGAAAGUUUACAGUCAAAGAGAACAACAGUUGAAGAUCUCCCAAAAAUGGAAAUAAUUGAAGGAGUGCAGUUAAAGGUUUUAGUAAUUGAAUUUGUGACUCCAGACAAGUUUUUUGUGCAUAUUGAAUCUUCACAAACUAAGCAGAAUUUGAACAAAAUUUCUUUGACUCUUCAAAACACAUGCUUAAAUAUAGAGAGCAAUGGUGAAUAUGUACCUAAAAAGGGGGAGGUGUGUGCUUCCAAAUAUUCACACGAUAAGAAUUGGUAUAGGGGCCUGGUGCAGUCCAUUGAUUUGAAUUUGAAUAGUGCCAACAUUUUUUAUAUUGACUUUGGGAAUGAAGAAGAAGUAACCUUGGGUGAAAUUAAACCCUUGCCUAUUGAACUUGCAGCUGUUCCACCUUGUGCUAUGCAGUGUAGACUUGCAAAUGUAGUAGCAGUAGGUGGAACUUGGAGUGAAGAAUGCUGUAUCUCAAUGAAAAAACUUCUUUUGGGGAACUCCUGCCAUAUGACUGUCACAGCACUUUUACAUGGAGGCACCAUUCUUUUGGUAGAUCUCAUACCCCCAAACACUGAAAAACCUUUAGAAAAAAUUCUUCUUGAGCAAUCUUAUGCAGUCACUGAAAAGAGAAAUACUCCUGAUGUCCAAGACAUAAAUACUUUAUUGAAUAUGGCUUUGGAGAAGUUCAGAUCUGAUGAAAAACACAGGGAAAGCAAUCACAUUUGUCCUGAUUUUAUUAAAGUUUCGGUUGGUGAAUCUUUUCUUGCAGUGGUUACUCAAAUGAAGUCUCCAGAUGAUUUUGUUUUACAAAAGCUUAAUAAUGCUCGAUUAAUUCAGGAACUGCAGACACGUCUAAGGGAGUACUGCAUGCAGAGUCCAGCUUCGAAAGAUUUCCAUCCAAGUCCUAGUUCAUUCUGCUGUUCACAGUUCACAGAGGACAAUCUGUGGUAUAGAGCAGCUGUUCUAGGCUACACAACAGAUGGGAAGAUCCAUGUGGUAUAUGUUGAUUUUGGAAAUUCUGAAGAGGUAUCUUUAGACCGACUUUGUCCAAUUGAUUCAAAGUUUUUGGAACUACCUUUCCAGGCAAUCUCUUGUGCUUUAGCAGGUAUAAAGCCACUUUCAGAUGCCUGGAUACCAGCUGCAAAUCAGCUAAUAAAAAAUAUUGUGGGUGGUAAGUUUCUCAAUGUGACUGUCAUUGGUCACAAAGGACGAAAAGCAUUAGUUGAACUGAUGGAUGAGUACAGUGAUCCACAAAUAAAUAUUGCAGAGCAACUUGUAUUAAUUGGUUAUGGUGUUGCUGAUAACAUGGAUACAUUUCAAACUCCUUUUCAAGAGGAUUCUAAAGAGCGAAAUGGUAAGAUUUCUUUAAUUGGGAAGACAGAGUGGUCAACUUCUGCUUUACCUCAGAAUCAAGCAGUUGAUGUGAUUCUGAGUGUUAUAAACAGUCCUGGAGAUUUUUAUUGUCAGUAUUUUAAUGCUGAAGAUUUGUGUGCCCUGAAAAAAUUGUGUUCAGAGUUACAAAGAAAUUCCAAGUCUCAAGGAAAUGCAUUCAUACCUGCCAUUGGCGAUCCUUGCUGUGCUAUAUUUCCUGGGGAUAACAAUAUAUAUCGUGCAUUGGUAAAGGAUGUGACUGUAAAUGGAAAAGUAAAGGUAUAUUUCGUAGAUUAUGGAAACAUAAGUGAAUUGGCAAUUGGUGAUGUUUUCCCAAUCUCGUCCAAACAUUUGAAACUUCCGUUUCAAGCAAUUAAAUGCUGGCUGUCAGGAAUUAAACCAUUGCAUAUGGAUUGGACAAAUGAAGCCAUUGACAGGUUUAAGACCCUUACAAUUGGAAUAAAACCUCAAGUAACAGUUGUAUCUGUAAAUGAACAUGGCUUUGGAGUUGAGAUGAAAUGGAAAGAUAGGAAUAUUGCUGACAUUCUGGUGAUGGAAAAUCUAGUAGCACUAGAGAAUACACAGGAGACAGUACAAUUUAGAGACACAGGUUGUUCAUUCUGGGACCAUUGGAAGACAAUAGGACUACCUGUUAAUGAGACUUCACAGCUCUUUGUUGUAGAAGUAAUUAGCCCCAGUUUGUUUUAUGCAUGUAAGGAUAGUGAGAAAGUUGAUGAACAAAAACUGCAGUUGUUAUUGGCUGAAUUGGAAGACUACUGUUGCACUCAGAGCCCAAAGGCUGAAUUCAGCCCAAAGAUUGAAACUGCUUGUUGUGCAAGGUUUCCUGAUGAUGGCAAAUGGUAUAGAGCUAUUGUCCUGGAGACAAAUGAAAAUGAAGCAAAAGUAGUUUAUGCAGAUUUUGGAAUUAUAAAAAAUGUGCCAUUUUCUUGGAUUUUGCCCAUCAAGGAAAAACACCUGGAACUUCCUUUUCAGUGUUUGAGAUGUACUCUUGCAGACCUUGAGGAGUUGUUGGAGGAGUGUCCCACUUCAGUAAUGGAGAAAUUUCAUGAAUUGGUUUAUAAGAAAAACAUCACUGCAACAGUACUAUCAUUUGAUGGAAAAACCCACACUCUCAGUAUAUCCAUGCCUACUGAUCAUGGACUUGUUGAUGUAAUUAAGAUGUUGAGGAAUGGUUUAGUUGAAUGUAAAAAUGAAACAAUUUCUACAGUCAACAGCUUUACAAAGGAAAGAGAAACAAGCUGCAGCACAUCAGGGACACCUCCAAACUGUCAGAUGAAGUGUUGUUGUGAUAAACUAAUGGAAAAGAUUAACAGAAUUGAAGUCUGUCUUCAUUUGAUCCUGGAAAAAUUGGAAAACCUCAAGAACUGACUAUUUAAAGCACAAUGCUGACCGUUUAAAAAUAGAACGACAAUAAAAGUGUCUUGCUAUUUGUUGUCUUUUGCUACAAAAGUUGUUUUAGUAUUACAUAAUUUGAUUUAAAUCCAAUAUUGAAAAAUAUGGAAGUCUAAUAUAAGUGUUAGUCCUGUUCUGACAAAUUGUUCAUUAGGAAUUUAUCAUCCAUUUUUCAUUUUUUUGUACUAUUGGUUUGAACUUUGAGGAGAUUUCAGCAAUAAACAAACAUACAUUUCAA